AUGGAAAACGAAAAGGGUCAAUUAGUCGAAUUAUACAUUCCAAGAAAAUGUUCUGCUACCAACAGAAUUAUUAAGGCCAAGGACCAUGCUUCUGUUCAAAUCAACAUUGCCAAGGUUGAUGAAGAAGGUCGUGCUAUCCCAGGUGAAUACAUCACUUAUGCUUUAUCCGGUUACGUUAGAUCCAGAGGUGAAGCUGAUGACUCUUUGAACAGAUUAGCUCAAACUGAUGGUUUAUUAAAAAAUGUCUGGUCUUACUCCCGUUAA